AUGGAUAUUUCAAGACAAGACAUCAAACACGAAGUGGACAACAUCAUCGAAGAUGAAUCUCCAGCCAUUUCGGUACCCGGAUACGAUCCAAGCAUCCAGCCGCAACCCGGCGAAGAGGGGAGAGCCCUUCUGAAAGUAGACCUAUACUUACUCCCUUUCAUCGUUUUAUGUUUCUGUUUCCUCCAAUUUGAUCGUACAAACCUCAGUAACGCCUUAACGGACACUUUCGCCAAAGACAUUCACAUUGGUAACCCGAAUAUCAACCUGGCUCAAACACUUUUCACUGUGGGAUUUGUCAUAACUGAGCUGCCCUUCAACAUGAUCAGCCGAUACGUCGGUGCUGAGCGUUUUCUCCCCGUAACCAUGUUUCUCUGGGGCGUUGCGACUUGGUCACAGGUUUUUGUACGGAAUGCUUCAGGAUUAUAUGCCGUUCGGUUCUUUAUCGGAGCUCUGGAGGGUGGCUAUAUACCGAGUUUCGCAUUGUACCUUUCCAAGUUCUAUACUAAUAGGGAACUUGCGCUACGAUACGCUAUAUUUUGGGCUUCUAAUAGUUUUGCGGGGAUUCUUGGGGGUCCGCUGUCCAUUGGAUUGUUGUCUUUGAGAGGACGCGGGGGACUACAUGGAUGGCAGUGGCUGUUUCUUAUCGGGCUGUUUGACAUGUUUCCUUGGAGUCGUCAUGUUCUUCUACCUUCCAAUAGUGCAUCAACCCACAAGCGAUUUUUCGGAAAAUCAUACAACAUAUUUACGGAAAGAGAAUCAUCCCUCCUCAUUACUCGCGUUAUCAAAGAUGAUCCAACAAAGGGCAUUCGAUACGGCAAACCGGUCUUACCCUCUCACAUUCUGCAAACCUUCACGGACUGGAGAUUAUACGGCCAUCUAGUGGCUGCCUUCCUGUCUAUGAUAAUGAUCUCGCCGAUGAAUACCUAUGCACCAUCGAUUAUAAAAAGUCUUGGAUUUACGAGCCUACAAGCAAAUGGCCUCAAUUCUGUAGGUAGUGCUUGUGCAUUGAUGUUUUCUGUGUCGUUGGCUUUCAGUAGUGACAAGGUUGGUGAGCGAGGCAUUCACAUCGCUAUUGGAUACUUGUGGGGAGCUGCAGGUCUGCUAUGGCUGGCACUUGCAGCCAAAGGAAUUGAUAAAUGGAUUUUAUACGGCGGUGUUGUAUGGACUCAAAUGGGUAUGGGAUCCGCACAAGCUAUAAACGCGGCGUGGCUCACAACAAAAAUGGAAGACCACCAACGACCAGUAGCUCUAGCGGCAUACGUGAUGAGUAUCCAGCUUGCAAACUUCCCUGGUAAUCAACUGUUCCGAGCGAAAGAUGCUCCACGAUAUCAUCAUGGGUUGAUUAUUGCUGCUUCUUGUGCAAUCUUUGCUGCUUUUGUUAUUCUGGUGUGGAAAUUGUUUUACCGAUUGUUUGAUGGGAAGGAUCAGGGGGUUAGGGCUAAAUCCGGUGUCAUUGAAUUCGGACACAGCCGCACGGAGGGUUCCGAUAUGGCAUGA